AUGGAGAAGGACUUUCAAGACAUCCAGCAGCUGGACCCUGAAGAAGAUGACCACCAGCUGGGUGGAGGCGAGAGGCCAGGAACGCAUGAGUACAACCCCAGGAAAGAGGACCCAUUCUGGAAAGGCAACCUGCCCCAGCCCCUCCUGCGACAGCGCUUCUGCUCCAGGCACAGCCUCAGUCUGCUUGUCCUGAGCUUCAAUAUCCUGCUGCUGGUGGCCACCUGCGUGAUCGGGUCCCAGAGUGAGGGUCACAGGGGAGCCCAGAUGCAAAUGGAGCUGUGGACCCUAAGAGAAAAGCUCAGCAACUUCUCCUCUAGCACCCUGAUGCAGAUGGAGGCGCUGAGCUUCCAUGGAGGCAGCUCUGAUAAUAAAGUGACAUCUCUGGAAACCAAAGUGGUGAAAGAGCUGUUGGACCUGAAAACAGACCAUUCCGGCUUGCUCCUCCACCUGAAGCACUUCUCAGUAGAUCUGCGCACCCUGGCUUGCCAGAUGGCCUUCGUCCGGAGCAACGGCACAGAAUGCUGCCCCGUGAACUGGGUGGAGUAUGAAGGCAGCUGCUACUGGUUCUCCCGCACUGGCAAGACCUGGCUGGAGGCUGAGAAGUACUGCCGGCUGGAGAACGCCUACCUGGUGGUCAUCAACUCCAGGGAAGAGCAGAAAUUCAUCACACAGCGCACGGACCCCUUCCAAACCUGGAUAGGCCUCACGGACAGCGAUGGCUCCUGGAGAUGGGUGGAUGGCACAGACUAUAGGUUUAACUACAGGAACUGGGCUCCCACUCAGCCGGAUGACUGGACGGGGCAUGAGGUGGGUGGAACUGAGGACUGCGCUGAAUUGAGGUGGGAUGGCCGCUGGAACGACAACUUCUGCCUGCUGUCGCGCCGUUGGGUGUGUGAGAUGAAGUUGAACAUCACCAGCUAGGAGCCCAGUCCCACAGGUUUUUACCUGCUCUGCAUCCUGCCCCAGCCCUGUCCCAGCUUUUCUACUGGGGACUUU